CCCGGCAGAGGACAGGUCGAACAUGGCGUCAGUGAGCUGCAUCCUCCGCUCAGGAAAGAAUGCCGUGGCGGCUCUGUCGCGGCGGGCCUUUCACCAGAGCUCUCCCGCCGCCGUGCAGGUGAUGGUCCGUGAUGCUCUGAACCAGGCGAUGGACGAGGAGCUGGAGAGGGACGAGAGGGUCUUCCUGCUGGGGGAGGAGGUGGCUCAGUACGACGGAGCCUACAAGGUGAGCAGAGGUCUGUGGAAGAAGUACGGAGACAAACGCAUCAUCGACACUCCCAUCACAGAGAUGGGCUUUGCCGGCAUUGCAGUUGGAGCCGCCAUGGCCGGUCUGAGACCCAUCUGUGAGUUCAUGACCUUUAACUUCUCCAUGCAAGCCAUCGACCAGGUCAUCAACUCUGCAGCAAAGACUUACUACAUGUCAGCCGGUCUGCAGUCGGUGCCCAUCGUCUUCAGAGGACCCAACGGAGCGUCAGCAGGCGUCGCCGCUCAGCACUCACAGUGCUUCGCUGCAUGGUACGCUCACUGUCCCGGUCUGAAGGUGGUCAGUCCCUGGAACUCAGAAGAUGCCAAAGGUCUCCUGAAGGCAGCCAUCAGAGACGACAACCCUGUGGUGUUCCUGGAGAACGAGCUGAUGUACGGCGUUCCCUUUGAGAUGUCAGAGGAGGCCCAGUCCAAAGACUUCACCAUUCCCAUCGGCAAGGCCAAGAUCGAGAGACAAGGGACUCACGUGACUCUGGUGAGUCACUCUCGGUACGUGGGUCACUGCCUCGACGCUGCUGCCGUCCUCGCCAAGGAGGGAAUCGAGUGUGAGGUGAUCAACCUGCGUACCAUCCGUCCUAUGGAUGUGGAGAGCAUUGAGACCAGCGUGAUGAAGACCAACCACCUGGUGACGGUGGAGGGCGGCUGGCCUCAGUUCGGGGUCGGAGCUGAAAUCUGCGCCAGGAUCAUGGAAGGUCCUGCCUUCAACUACCUGGACGCUCCGGCCACCAGGGUGACGGGCGUGGACAUCCCCAUGCCGUACGCCAAGAUCCUGGAGGACAACAGCGUCCCGCAGAUCAAAGACAUCAUCUUCUCCGUCAAGAAGACCCUCAACGUCUGAAACCAAACCCACCUGAAUCCCCUUUGUCUCGGUGGAAACACUAUCUGGUAAAACAUUUGAACCAUGUGUAAAUACAGACAAACAAGUCCUUUAAAAAAACGCUCCAGAUUUUAAUGUUUUCUCCAGAUGUUGGUCAAUGAAACGCACAGCUGUCUAUCUGCACCCGGAGCGGCCACAGACACACAGGGUCCGCUAGUCGGUUCUAAACUUUACCGAACUCUGUGUGUGGCUUCGACUGCUCUUGUCACUUCCUCCCCUUCAAAAUAAAAGUUGCUCUAUCCUUAAGGUUUUUCUGUGGAAGUUUGGAACGACAAAACUGCCGAAUUUGUUCCCGCAUCAAAUUUAGUUUGCAGACUGAUUCAAACCUAAUAUCUGCUCUAUCUGAGUAGUUUUGUUGUUAAUAAACUCCCACAUAUUUCUAACCACCAAAACAUAAUAUAAUAAAAGUUUAUUAAUGUAAUUCCUCGCUCUGACUCGGGUUGGUCUCUCUCUGAGCCAGCAGGGAAUCAGAGUGAAGCAGCCUGAGUGCUGGAGGUGGAUUGUGGUCAGGAAUAUUUAUUGUAGCUGCAGCAGCUCUGUGGAUGGUUUUGUUGCUGUAAGUGACUCUGUUACAGAAAUAAAAACCUUUCAGUCCUU